AAUAUAAUAGCCGCCUUUCUGGCUUUCUUUCUCUCCGAGAAUUUUAUAUCCUCACGGAACCGAACAGAAAGAUUUUUUAAUUUUCUCCCUCACUCUCUCGCAUACUCUCAAUUCUCACAAAUUUUCGCGAGAAAAUUUGCAGAAGAAAAAUAAAAAGAAAAGCGAGCGAUAUGGAUUCGACGCCGGUGAAUUGGGAAGCUCUGGACGCUCUAGUAAUCGAUUUCGCCAAAUCAGAGAAGCUCAUCGAAGACUCAUUCUCUUCCUCUCCACCUCCCCCUCCUUCUUCUUCGAUUUCCUCUUCGUCUUACCAUUCGAGAUUGAUCAUCUGGAGGAUCAGACGGUCGUUGGAGGCCGGUGACAUUGAUAUCGCCAUGGAUCUCCUACGCUCCCACGCGCCUUUCAUUCUCGAUGAUCAUCGCCUUCUCUUCCGCUUACACAAACAGAAAUUCAUAGAGCUGUUGAGGAAAGGGACCGUCGAAGAUCGCGACUCUGCAAUUGCUUGUCUGAGGACAGCUCUCGCGCCUUGUGCUCUUGAUGCCUAUCCGGAAGCAUAUGAGGAGUUCAAACAUGUUCUUCUGGCCUUUAUAUAUGACAAAGCUGAUCAAACUUCUCCAGUGGCAAAUGAGUGGUCAGAGAGGAAGAGAUUUGACAUUGCAGGAUUGAUGUCAUCUGUCUUAAGAGCUCAUUUACAUGCAUAUGAUCCAGUCUUUUCCAUGACAUUGAGAUAUUUGAUAAGCAUACACAAAGUAUAUUGCUUUCGUCAAGGAAUUGUAUCACCCAUUUCAGAUCUUACUCAGAGGUUGCUUCUUGAGGAACGUGAUCCCCCUGCAACCCCACAUGAGAGUCUGUAUGAAGCACCUCCUUUUGAUGAGGUGGACAUUCAAGCUCUCGCACAUGCUGUAGAGCUCACAAGACAGGGGGCAAUUGAUAGCUUGAGAUUUUCGAAGGGUGAUUUAUUUCUGGCAUUUCAGAAUGAAUUAUGUACGAUGAGUUUGGAUGUUUCCAUGCUUGAUGAGCUUGUUUGUGAGUAUUGUGUUUAUAGGGGAAUUGUGGAUUCUAGCCUGGCAUCCACUUCAGCAUCAGACAUGCAAACAGUUUCCGAACAUAAAGUUAAUCAACCAGAGCCUGGGUAUUGUUCAUCAAGAAAUUGUUCUCUUGAAGCGGAUUCUGGUGCCAAUAAACAUUCUGACGGUGAGACCUCCAUUAAUAAUACUCACAUGGAUGCUUCUCCUGAAAAUAAUGCUGAUGUGAGUAGUAGGCAAGGAGUGGAUGUUGAAUUACGGUAUGCUUGUGAGCCAACGCGCAACCAUGAAGACUGUAGCACCAGUGGGUUGCAUCAGCCUGAAAAUCCAAGAGUUCUGCAGAGACAUAGAACCCAUGGAACUGGAGAAAGGAGUAAACGCAAGCGUUGGAGGGGAAGACAUGAUGACCAAGGUUUAAUAUAUGGUGUUCCUUUUGACCUAUGCAGCAAGCAAGAGCUUAGCACGACUACCCUGUUUUCCAGCACAUAUAUCUCAAAUGGACAAGAGGGCUCAGGGAGACCCUCCAUGUUAGAUAUUAGUAGCAGGGAGGAUAAGUACGAUAUUGUGCUAUGGAUGAAGGAACUAGCUAGCAAGGGAAUGGCUGCAGAGGUUGUGGAAGAAGUUAAUGCUAUGGAUCCAAACUUUUUUGAGCAAAAUCCUAUGCUGUUGUUCCAACUUAAGCAGGUUGAAUUCCUUAAGCUGGUCAGCUUUGGUGACAAUUCUAGUGCUCUGAGGGUUGCAUGCUCCCAUUUAGGUCCUUUAGCUGCUCGUGACCCUGCCUUGCUGAAGCCCUUGAAGGAGACAUUGUUGGCAUUUCUCCAACCUAACGAAGAUGCACUUGGGAAAGGCUUGCCUUUGCAUGCCCUUUCAACUUCACUCCAGGUUGCAAUUGGUAGAAGGCUUGGUAUUGAAGAACCCCGGCUAAUGAAAAUAAUGAAAGCAACACUUUUCACUCAUAAUGAGUGGUUUAAACUUCAAAUGUGUAAAGAUCGAUUUGAAAGCCAUUUGAAAAUUGAUUCCUUGAAAGAAGUUAACACUGCCUUGCUCACUGCUGCUGCUAUGUCGAAUUCAAAUGCUGACAGUUCUGCCCUUGGAUCUUCUCAAGUUACAAUAUCUUCAAGCACUAAGAUUUCAGAAGAUGGUAGCAGUCCAACUCAAGUAUCAUCUAGAGAUGUUGUUUGUGAUGAAAAUGCCAUUCUUAAAGUAAUGGAGUUUUUAGCUUUGCCAAGGGCAGACGCUAUUCAUCUUCUUGCACAGUACAAUGGAAAUGCUGAGAUGGUCAUUCAGCAAAUAUUUGCGUAGUCUGGAGUGUAAAGGAGUACUAUAUCUGAAAUAUAUUUGUUAAUAUUAUUUUGUAAAUAUUAUUUGAUUCAAUUUGAGCCAUACAUUUCCAUUUUGCGGAAGUAGUUGAAAGGGCAAGCCUCGCAUUAUAUAACCUCGGUUAAAUUGCAUUUUUGGCUCUCCAAAUUUCAUUAAUGUUCAUUUUUGUACACUACCAUA